CUCGGGGAGUUUGAGAGUUUGAAGUGCAAACACAGACGCCUGAUACUAAUGAAUGAUCUGCUGCUGUGUGUCAAGGUCACUCAGAAAGAACAGUCAAACUGCACAGUGGAGAGAUUAGUCCUGAGAUGGGUGGCCAAAUUGAAAGACCUAGAGUUGAAAGACACAGCCAUUACACCUGACAUGCUCAGCAUUGUGAAGCGAGAGCCAGGAAAGAUAAACAUCAUCUCUGCACAAGCUGAACCACCAAAAGAUGACCCAUUUCACCUGUUUGCUGACCUCCAUGAGAUGGUUCAUGAUCACACAGUUCUAGGACAGAUCAGUGCCCUCCUGUCCUCACUGAAGCGAUCUUAUUCAGGACAU